AUGAAUCUCGCAGAUGUAAAGAAACCAGAAACAACAGAAGACAUGGUACGAGGACUGAGUAUGAGUUUUUGGAAUAAUUGGGCAAAAGUCAUCAAAGAUGAAAACAGUUGGAACAGCAUUUGUCCGCGAGAUGGGCACUGGGGAAGCCCUGAGCGACAAAGAACACAAAGGACUUUGUGGGAAUUUGCAAGCAUGAAAUAUCAACACUACUUUGCUAAAUUUGUUGGUGAUUCUCCAACACAUCAACUUGACUCUAAGAACCAGUGGAACAUAAAAGGUGGCAAAAUUCGAGUCCGUGGUGGCUUUUUUCUUGCUUUUUUUAAAAAACGUGCCUGUGCCUCUGGAAUCCAGGGCGCCCUUCUCGCGGUUGUGACUGAACAGCUGCGCCAAGGCCGGCGUCGACCACAGAAGGACUCGAUCUGGGUUCAGAUAGUCAAACAAAAUUCACCUCUGGUAGGAGGGUUUUCUUUUCGCCUCCACCCUACGGAAAUCUUGCUUCUUAAGCAAGGCUCCUCUCUUUCCUCAAGCCUAGGACGCUGGUACAUUUUGAAGCAGUCGGAAAAAAAAAAUCCCGGAGAGUUCCGGGGAACAGACGCAGCGUGCAGCGUUCAGACGCUUCUGUCGCUAAGCCCGUGGCUCUGCAAUUCUUUUUCAGAGAAAUCCCAAUCCUUGAACAAGAAGAGAAAAGCAGACAUCUUUGAUGAUACGUUUCCUGUCCCGAAAAGUCCUUGGGAAAAGAUGACCAAAGAAAAACUCGUAAGUGAGGUGCGUUCCCGCUGCCUGACCUCAAGAAACAAUGGGGAGUGUUUAUCCGCCUCUGCAAGGAUGCCGGACGCCCUGGAAAAGGAAAGGUUCCAGAAAAAUAUUACAUAUCAUUCGGAGGGGCGAAUAAAGGAAGAGUGGCAUUUUGGAAAGCUAGCUUCAGAUACCUGCAAUCUCACAUUUUCCCGAAGUUAAACCCUGCUUCUUCAGUCUUCAAGCAAACACUGCCAAAGUGUGCACUGAAGUAAUAUAAAGCAAAAUCUCCCCUUGGCCAGCCAACGUGUGGAGUCUGGGGAUGCACAGUGCUGUUAAUUCCUCUGAACUCCAUCUGUGGGCACAAAGCAGCCCAGCCAUUAUGGAGUACUAUGUGGUUAAAUUAAUUAGGCUCUCCCAUUACACUGCUGUCUUCUGGUGAUGGUUGCCAUUUUCCCUUUAAAUAUCAUUAUUCCUAGAUCUAGUUAGCAGCUGAUGCAAUUAAAGGGGACACAAUGUAAAUUUAACAAUACCAAUAACACUUUCUUCCCUGUAUGUUGAAAAAAGCAAGAGGGACCAGCCAACUUGUAACUGCCUGCCACAAACAACCGACAUAACCCAUACUUUAAAAGAAUAAAAUGAAAC